AUGAAACGAUCUCCAUCCUUCUGCUGUACCUCUCCAGAGCCCAGCACUCCUCCCAAGAAGAGGGUCAAAUCCGAACACUCCCCGUCGCAACGAACAGUCAAAAAGGACAAUGCCGAGCCUGGAGUCUUCACGACUGAGAAAUAUGCCAUCUUCCUCGAGCGACUCAUUACAGCUGGGUGGGCAAAUGUGGACCGAAAUCAACUUGCUCAGGAGCUUGGCGUCACCAAGAAGCAGCUGUGCAAGCAGAUGGAGCCCAAUCGAUUCAACAUCCGAAAACGCGUGAUGGAGUGGGUCAGGGGAAUCUGA